GUCUGUGCUCAGUCUGAUGGAGAAAACCUAAAAGACGAGAGAGAUCUAGCUGUGCUCAGCAUACCAAAGAGAGCCGCAAAGCAGAAAUCGAAUCUUGGAAGUGUUCACGAGGAUGCCCACCUACACUGUGACCAUUGCCACGGGGAGCCAGUGGUUUGCGGGGACCGAUGAUUACAUCUACAUCACCCUGGUUGGAACUGAGAGAUGCAGUGAGAGGACUCUGCUGGAUAAACCCCUCUACAAUGACUUUGAAAGGGGGGCAGUUGACUCCUAUGAUGUGAAGGUUGGAGAAAACCUUGGUGACAUUGAACUGGUCAAAAUUGAGAAGAAAAAAUAUUGGUUCCAAGAUGAUUGGUAUUGCCGAUACAUCACCGUGAAGACCCCAACAGGAGAUUAUAUCGAGUUCCCCUGCUUUCGAUGGCUAGUGGAUGACAAGGAAGUGUCACUCAGAGAUGGAAAGGCUCGUUUGCCACAGGAUGAGACGACCAGGACAGCAAAGCAACACCGACGCAAAGAGUUGGAAACCAGGCAAAAGCUUUUCAGAUGGAAAGAGUGGCACCCUGGGUUUCCGAUGAGCAUUGACGCCAAAGCUCACAGAGAUCUCCCCCGUGACAUCCAGUUUGACAGUGAGAAGGGUGUGGACUUCGUUUUGAACUACAGUAAAGCAAUCGAGAAUCUGUAUGUGAACCAGUUCAUGCAUAUGUUCCAGACCUCUUGGAAGGACCUUGCUGACUUUGAGCAGAUAUUUAUGAGGAUCAAGAACACCAUUUCAGAAUAUGUUAUGGAACACUGGAAAGAAGACUUCAUGUUUGGAUACCAGUUCCUUAAUGGAUGCAACCCUGUUGUCCUCGAGAAAUGCCACAAGAUACCAGACAAGUUCCCAGUUACUAAUGAAAUGGUGCAGGACUGCCUGGAACGGGACAUGACUCUUGAGGAGGAGGUUGAGGCCGGAAACAUUUAUAUUGCAGACUACGAGGUAAUGGAUGGAGUGACCCCAAACGGUACAGAUCCAUGUACUCUGCAGUAUUUGGCUGCUCCAAUCUGUUUAUUGUACAGGAGUAUACGGAACAGAAUAAUGCCAUUGGCCAUUCAGCUGCACCAGGUCCCUGGUGAGGACAAUCCCAUAUUUCUCCCAAGUGAUGAUGAAUAUGACUGGUUGCUGGCAAAGAUAUGGGUGCGCUCCUCUGAUUUCCAUGUCCACCAAACAGUCACUCACCUUUUGCGCACUCACCUGAUCUCUGAGGUCUUUGGAAUUGCCAUGUUUCGUCAACUCCCAGCUGUCCACCCAGUUUACAAGUUGCUUAUUCCACACAUCCGGUUCACAAUAGCCAUCAACACCAAGGCACGGGAGCAGCUGAUCUGUGAAUGUGGCCUCUUUGAUAAGGCCAAUGGAACAGGAGGAGGGGGCCAUGUUGAACUGGUCCAGAGAGCCAUGAAGAACUUCAAAUACAAAACCCUCCUGUUCCCAGAGGGCAUCAAGGCCCGGGGAGUGGAAAGCCAGGAGGAGCUCCCCUUCUACUUCUACAGGGAUGACGGCAUGAAGGUCUGGGAGAUGGUCAAAAGUUUUGUGGCAGAUAUAGUGGCCAUAUACUAUGACAGUGAUGAGACUCUGGAGAAGGAUGAAGAAAUUCAAGCAUUUGUGAAAGACGUCUGCAGCUUUGGAAUGCAAGAUUUUGACUACUGUGAGUUUCCAAAGGCCUUGAAGACCAGGGAGGAACUGACAGAAUACCUUACUAUUGUGAUCUUCUCCGCUUCUGCACAACAUGCUGCAGUGAACUUUGGGCAGUAUGACUGGUGCUCCUGGAUUCCAAAUGCGCCGUCGACCAUGCGCAAACCCACCCCUACAAAGAAGGGCCAGGCCAACGUGCAAUAUGUCAUGGAGAGCCUACCUGACCGCGGCCGCUCCUGCUGGCAUCUGGGGGCCGUGUGGGCCUUGAGCCAGUUCCAGGAUGAUGAGUUGUUUUUAGGCAUGUACCCUGAUGAGCACUUCAUUGAAAAGCCAGUGAAGACUGCUAUGGAGAACUUCCGCAAGAAACUCGCAGAAUUUUCCCGAGUUGUGAAGGCCAGAAAUGAGGGGAAGAAGCUGCCAUACUACUAUCUAUCUCCAGACAGGAUUCCAAACAGUGUAGCAGUUUAAAAUGGGAACAUGAUCUGCCCACUUUCACCUCUGGAAUCUGUUGUAAUUUAGCUUCCUAUAGCAGCACUGUGUGAAUCAUUUAUCCUUAGCAAUGGCAAUUUUUUUUUAUUAUUAUUAUUAUUAUUUAAAAUGUAUGUAUUAUGUAUUAACAUGACAUAUAUCUUUAAACAUACAAUACUGAUAAUGUAGUCUGAAGAGCACUUGUAGGCCUAGGCUACUUGAUAAUGUAGUCUGAAUUCUGCCACAAUAAAUGUCUCUUUUCUGCCACAAUAAAUGUCUUCUUUUCACUUUC